CCCCCCCCACUUCAGAUAAUUCCAUUACCGACAAAGGGAAUGGAGAAGAACAAUUCCCUCACACCAAACUACAAGUCUUGUUUGACAAAGUCACUCCUUUUGCUUUUCUUUUGAGUACUCUUCUUUCUGCUUUCUUUGGCUAAUCCAUAACCAUUUAUGUGUCUCUCUCCUCUGCAGUAUGGCUCUCCACUUCUCCUUGCUCCCCCUAUCCCUCUCAACCUAACACUACAACUCUCUCUCUCUCUCUCUCUCUCGGCCUAACACUACAACAAAUCCAUCUGAUGGCACAAGUAGAGGAAGCAGUAAGCUUCAAACUUUUCGGGACGGUGAUCCAAAAGGGGGACAGACAAGCCAAGGAGGAAGAGGAGAAGCGGGUGGAGGCGCAGGAAGAGGCGGCGGCGCUGUCGUGCCCGAGGUGCAAGAGCAAGGAGACCAGGUUCUGCUACUUCAACAACUACAACGUCAACCAGCCGCGCCACUUCUGCAAGGCCUGCCACCGCUACUGGACAGCCGGCGGCACCCUCCGCAGAAACGUUCCCGUCGGCGCUGGCCGCCGGAGGGGUCGCCCCGCACACCGCAUAGGAGCCUCCUCCGCCGCCGCAGCAACCGCAGUCAUCCCUUCUGUCUGCGUCCUGGUGUGCCAGCCGUCUGGCUACUCUGACGGGGCGGCGGCGAUGGAUCGCUGGCUCCUGACACCAGACGCCCCGGCGAUAGUUGACCGCAGGCACAGUGGUGGACCUCGUUGACUCUCGAGGAUCUACUCCUCGAGUCACAGUGUACGGCUCCCACAGCCAAAGGAUGUCUGUAUGUUUGUGAUCUUUUAACCAACCGUGGAAAUGGACAUCUCCUUUACUUCGCCAUGAAAA